GCCAUAUCGAAAAAAUUGCCAAUAUUAAUUAGAUGGACUGUGUUCGGUUUCAGUUAUUUUGUAAUUUCUGGGUCAAACUGUGCUAAUUAACCAGCUGAAACAGUGCAAAAUUUUGCGACAAUGAAGAAAAUUGCCGAACAAAAGCUGCAAGCUUUUACCGUCGGUACGAUGGGGAAGCGGCAACUCAGCCGGAAGGAACUUGAAGAGCAGAAAAAACGAGAAGAUGAAGCUGCAGCCGCACACGCGUUCAAAGAGUUUGUUGAAACCUUCCAAGAAGCUCCCUCCAAGAUUUCCAAGGUGUGGGUGAAAGCAGGAACGUACGAUGCCGGUUCAAGAAAGGAAGAUGUGCGAGACAAAGGAAAAUUGUAUAAACCAUCGUCCAAGAUGGACACGGAGACGGAGAAACCAAACGACUACGUUAAAAUGUUGGCCAGUGAGAACAAAAAGGAUUUGUUGUUGACGAAGAAAAAGACCCAGGAUAAAAAGAAAAGUAAUUUGGAACUUUUCAAGGAGGAGCUUCGUCAGAUUCAGGAAGAACGUGAGGAGCGGCAUAAAUAUAAACAUAUGGCAAAGUCGAUGCUGCCGUCGUCGGCUGAUCAAGAGCCGAACCACACUGAAAAAGAUUCUGGUUCGUUUGAUAAUGGGGAUCCGAACACGACUAACUUGUAUCUGGGUAAUUUGAAUCCAAAGAUAUCGGAACAAGCGUUGAUGGAACUGUUUGGUAAGUACGGUCCAUUGGCGAGCAUCAAAAUCAUGUGGCCCCGAUCAGAGGAGGAACGAGCUCGAUGCAGGAAUUGCGGGUUUGUUGCUUAUAUGAGUCGUAAGGACGCUGAACGAGCGCUUAGGUCACUGAACGGAAAGGAUGUGAUGAACUACGAGAUGAAACUCGGCUGGGGGAAAUCUGUUCCUAUUAUGACUCAUCCCAUCUACAUUCCACCGGUGUUGGUAGCCUACACGUUGCCUCCUCCGUCUUCGGGACUUCCAUUCAACGCGCAACCACAUCCGACGGAUUUGGAUAACAUACCGUUGAUGACCUCCAAGAUGUAUAUGAAUGAUCCGGAGUUGAAGGAACAGAUGGACAGUGUGUUGUACAAGGCGACGGUGAAGGUGGUCAUUCCAACCGAACGGGCCCUGCUGAUGCUAAUUCAUCGUAUGGUGGAGUUCGUCAUCCGCGAGGGCCCGAUGUUCGAAGCGCUCAUAAUGACCCGCGAAAUGGACAAUCCAAUGUACAAGUUCCUUUUCGAAAACGAAAGUCCAGCACACAUCUACUACCGCUGGAAGUUGUUUUCGCUGCUACAGGGGGAUACUACGUUGGAAUGGAGGACGCAGGAAUUCCGCAUGUUCAAGGGUGGUUCAAUUUGGAAACCGCCACCGAUUAAUUUCUACACUCAGGGAAUGCCGGAGGAACUGUUGGUCGACGAGGAUGGAAUGGAUGGGAACAAGGGAAAUCUGUCUGUGGCUCAACGUGACCGCCUGGAAGAUUUGAUUCGUCAUCUGACCCCAGAGCGGCAGAAGAUUGGGGAUGCAAUGAUUUUCUGCAUCGAGCAUGCCGAUGCAGCGGAGGAAAUUUGCGAGUGCAUCUCGGAAUCCUUAGCCAGCAAUGGGACGCUGGUGAAGAAAAAAAUUGCUCGGAUCUAUUUGAUAUCGGACAUUCUUCACAAUUGUAGUGUAAAGGUGCAAAAUGCGAGCUUCUUCAGAAAGGCACUGGAGAAAAAUCUUUUGGAGAUUUUCACCAAUCUUCAUAACUAUCAUAAGCAGCAGGAAAGUCGCCUUAAAGCGGAAGGAUUCAAAUCUCGUGUGAUGAAUGUUUUUAAAGCAUGGGAAGAAUGGGCUGUUUAUCCAAAAGAAUUCCUCACCAAGCUGCAGCACACUUUCUUGGGGAUCCAAAUUGUUGAGAAGCAGGAAGAGGAACUCGACGAUGAGAAUGAAGACGAAGAUUUGGACGGGGUACCGCUAGAUGGGGCAGCUUUACUGAAGAGUGCUAUGCUCAAAGGAAUGACGGAAACGGAAACACGAACACCGGUGCUAAAACAUGAUAUCUACAGUGACGAGGAAGACAUCGAUGGAAUGCCCAUGGACGAAGACAUCGACGGGGUACCAUUGGAUGGAGCUGUCUUGGGAACGGAUUUAGAAUUUGAAAAUGGUACUGGCAAAGGCAAAACCGGUGGAUCGUUUAUUCCAUCCAAGUGGGAAACGGUCGAUGCUUCCCAGAUUGAAGCUCAAGCGAUUACGACUAGCAAGUGGGAAACGUUGGAUCCGGUUGCACCUGCACCUCCACAGAUAUCUUUGCGCGAUGGCGACAACACAGACGAAGAACAAGGAAACAGUAAAAGCGACCAAGACGAAGCCCGUCGAUUGCGCCUCCGUGAGAUCGAAGUUAAAAUUGUCCAGUAUACGGACGAGUUCGAAUCAGGCGCACGUCAGGUGCGGGUAGGCUUGACGUUGGCCGAAGAGAUCGCUCAUUAUCGCCGUAAACUGAUCAAGAAAGCAGAGAAAGAACUACGUCAACAGCAACAACAGCAGCAGCUGGAACUACAACUUCAGCAACAAGAAUCGAAAAGUGUGGAAGACACAGACGACAGCGACGAGUAUGAGGAGAGAAAGGCUUACUCGAAAAAAGCAUCCAAAAGAAGCCCAAGCUCUGAAGUUUCUCGUAAGCAUAAGAAAAGCCGCCGCUCGCCAUCAUCGGAAUACGUUCGUGAAGCUGCUGCAAAAUCCUCUCGAAGGUCACGUUCGCCAGGUUACACGGGUAGUCGUAGCAAACGGGAAUCUUCAUCGCCAGUGCGAAGCAGCAAAGCCUCCCGUCAUCGUGCCGUAUCACGCAGUGCUUCACGAUCCCCCACAAGAAGACAUCACACCGAACGUUCCAUUUCGCCGAGUACCCGCAGCAAGUACGAACUGCUUGAAUCACCUGCCCGCAGUGCCAGCAAGUAUGACAAAUAUGAAGGAUCUGCAACAAAGUACGAUAAAUAUGAAUCUUCCAAGUAUGAUUCGCGGUUGUACGAGGAACGUUCCAGUAGCAAGUACGAGAAGUACGAAAAAUACGAGAGUUCGAGUAAACACGAACGGGAAAGAGAACGGGACCGUGAGCGAGACCGAGACAGAGAAAAGGAACGUGAUCGUGACAAGGAACGUGAGCGAGAAAAGGAAAGAGACAGUGAGCUGCGGGAGCGUGAAAGGGAACGAGAGACUCGCGAUAGAGACCGGGAACGGGAUCGAUUGUAUGCUAGCAGUGGCAGCAAGUACGAAGUCGUUAGUUCAAAAUACGAUGAAACUGAAAGUAGAAGGUACCGAUCACCUACACCGUCGAGAUCAAGCCGAGAAAGCUACCGGUAUGCAACCAGCUCACGAUCGGAAAAGCACAAGAAACAUAAAUACUAGAGGUCAUCGGAACUUUUGCCAUCCCCUUCCCAUCCGACAAAGUGAGCGUGUUUGUCUUGCUGUUUCAAUAAAAAUUGGUAUCGCUUCGAUACCUUCUAGGGGUAUUCUCAAAAGCAAAACAAAAAAGAAGCAAAUUACGGCGUAAUGUACGGCGUAUGUGCCCCUCAGAUGUGGUACCAAGCGACACAAUCGUGACCUAAGUAUAAAAUA